AUGGAUCGCAUCGACCCGGUCGAGGACCCUAAUGGGAACCCCCAGGAGACCGAACCCACAGGGCAACCCACAGAGUCUGGCCCCGUCCGGCCAGCAGGUCCUACCCCGUUGCGAUCUCGAGGCGACUCACGAGCGCGACGACCGAGUAUUCGCCUGUCUCGCUUCCCAUCUAUCCCUUCACUAGACACCACCGUUAAUCAACCAGCCUCUCAAUCAGAGGGUCAAGGUCAACCGUCCUUCGAGCCGCAGCCCAUCCGGUCCCCUCCCCCCAAUGAAGAGGAUGAAGCAUGGGUGGCAGGCCGACGGCGCAGUAACUCGGAGCCAAAUCGAGGACGAUGGUCAUCUCCCCCUCCCGAUGUUCUCUCAGGAGUGGCGACUCCUAUGCGAAUGAUGCCAGUGACCGAGGAAUCCUCACACCAAAGUCCAACAACCCCCUCUCCAGUGGCAAUAAUCCCUAGUCGGGAGACUCGGUCCGACUCUGAACCACUUGAUCUGGAGCAAGGCGAGGCCCCUCCACUAGCGCGACCGGCGGGUCGGCUUCGGCGAACUAGUCAAGCUGCGUUGAAUCGCUUUACUCGAAACCGUGCAACCACAGUGACAGGAGCUGCACCGACUCUAAGUACACAGGAGGAGCAACGCCAGAAUGAGUAUGGAUCUCACGUGGUCGACGUGCUGGAUGUGAUCGACCCCGAGGUCUCUGCGCUUUCCACUCUCACCAAUGUCCAGAACUCUCUCUUCGUGCCGAACCUGGGUGGGUUCAUCAAUCGCAUGCCCACCUAUACGAUUACACGGCCACAAUAUUCUUCAGAUGAAGAUCAGGGAACUUCAACGGACGAGGGCGAACCGCCCAAGGACGACAAAAGCAAACAGCGGCCGACUUUACAACAACUCCAGUCAUUCACGAGCAUGUCCUCGGCGUUGCGAGGUCCUAAGUAUGCUGUUCUCCCAGAAGGACACGGACUUGAUGGAUGGACCAGAGAAGACUAUGCCGAACUCAAUGAUCAUGUUCGACACAUGCUUCACUCUCGGCGGUCCAAGUUCAAACGGUCCAUGAAAGGAUUUAGGCAGUACAUACGGAAGCCCCUCGGCUUUCUUGUAACUCUCUACGCUACUUUGAUCACCCUGUUCGGUCUGGCCUGGGUUCUUUUCUUGAUUGGUUGGAUCAAUGUCGGUGGGAAACAAAGCUAUGUUGUCAAUGUCAUAGAUAACGUUUUGGUUGCCCUGUUCGCCAUCAUGGGUGAUGGACUGGCUCCUUUCCGCGCUGUGGAUACAUAUCACAUGGGAUUCAUUGCCCAUUAUACAUUUUUGUCGUGGAAGCUUCGUCGGAAGCGGGCCCUGCCAGGCCUCAAGGACAAGAAUGACCUUCCGUCGAAGCCGGAGAAGGACGUCGACGUUGAAUUUGGCGCCAUGGCUAAGGAAGACGAACACGAAUUCUCUGUCCUCGAUGCUCGCCAACAGCUACGAUUAAUGCAUCACCAAAAUAAGUUUGCAAAGUCGCAUACUUUCUACAAGCCGCACGAAACCAUGACUCACCACGCCUUCCCUCUACGCUUGCUCAUUGCUAUUGUCGUCAUCCUCGACUGUCAUUCUAUCCUCCAAAUGGCUCUUGGUGCCUGUACCUGGAGUAUGGAGAACCCCGAAAAGCGCCCAUUCGCUCUGACGACGGUUAUUCUCUGCUGCUCUAUCACCUGUAACAUCUCGGGUGGUGUGAUGAUCAUGAUUGGUGAUCGGCGAACCCGAAAGAAGGAUGUUGUCGAACGGCUCUUCCGCCAACAGCUGACCGAAGAAGCCAUGAAGAAGAUGGAGAAGAAGAAGGUCAAGGACGAGCGCCGGAGUGCUCAGAUUGAGCGUUCUAGUGCCCAAAUUGAGCGGUCGAGUGCUCAGAUUGACCGUCCCGUGCCUUAUGGUGGCACCUGA